AUGGCCGAAUCAACUACCAUCUCCAACACGGAGAAUCUCAUGAAGUACAUGGGCCUCGAUCAGAAAGGCUACAGCAUGGCCGAGUACAUCUGGAUUGAUGGCCAGAACGGUGUUCGCUCCAAGACCAAGACUCUCGACAAGCCCUGCAAGGACGUCAGCGAGCUCUCAGAAUGGAACUUCGACGGUUCAUCUUGCGGUCAAGCUCCAAGCGGCGACUCAGAUGUCUACCUCCGCCCCGUAGCUAUCUACCCGGAUCCCUUCCGUGGCGGCGACAACAUCCUCGUGAUGUGUGAGUGCUGGGACCACGAUGGGACACCCAACAAGUUCAACUACCGUCACGAGGCCGCCAGACUCAUGAACGCCAACUCAAAACAAGAGCCCUGGUUCGGUCUGGAGCAAGAAUAUACUCUUCUUGGUCUUGACGAAAGGCCUUACGGUUGGCCUAAGGGAGGGUUCCCAGCUCCUCAGGGACCGUACUACUGCGCUGUGGGAACCGGCAGGGUAUACUGCAGAGAUAUUGUCGAGGCUCACUACAAGGCUUGUUUGUUCGCUGGUAUCAAAAUCUCAGGUAUCAACGCAGAAGUCAUGCCUGGCCAAUGGGAAUUUCAAGUUGGUCCUUGUGAGGGUAUUGAGUUGGGCGAUCAUCUUUGGAUGGCCCGUUUUAUGCUCCACCGCGUCGCAGAAGAAUUCGGCGUCAUCAUCACCUUCGCUCCCAAGCCAGUGGCAGGAGACUGGAACGGUGCCGGCCUCCACACCAACGUCUCAACAGCCGACAUGCGCAAAGACGGCGGGCUCAAGACCAUCGAGUCCAUGAUGGGCAAGCUUGAGAAGCGCCAUGUUGAACAUAUGGAAGUCUACGGAGAGGGUAACGCGGAGCGAAUGACUGGCGAGCACGAGACUGCCAGUAUGGAAAAGUUCAGCUGGGCCAUUGCGAACCGUGGCAGCAGUGUUAGAAUUCCACGACAAUGUGCUGCGGCUGGUAAAGGUUACUUCGAGGAUCGGAGGCCUGCGUCGAAUGCGGAUCCGUACCGCAUUACGGGCAUGAUGAUGGAGACUCUAUUUGGAGGAUUGCCCGAUGAAAAGAUGUCGAAGCUUUUGAUUAAAGGAAAUGCGGAAGUCAUCGCUGCCCCGACACUGCAACUUGCAGAUAUACACUUCAAUGUUGAAUACGUGAAGCCGAAUGCGCUACCGGUUUUUGAUAUCAAACAUAUCUCGCCCUUGCUGCUCCUCGAGCACAUCGACCACAUACAGUCCCGCAAGGAUGCUGGACUUCACAAGCUCAGUCCAAGCCUCCCACACUUGGUAACCACACGCAAGGCCCCAACAAACACAAUGGCGACUCCGACAUCCCACCCAAACCCCCAAACCGCCCAAAAACAGCCCGCGGCUUCCCACCUCACGCCAGCCUCGGCGGGCUCUCCACCAGCUCCUUCCUCCUCGCACUCGCGCUCAGUCACCUCGCCAGCUUUUUCCGCCCUCAAGGCUCCCGCCCGCCAGUUCCACCACCGCAAUGGUUCCGCGCAAAUACCCGGCAGCACGCCCAGAGGCGGUCCUGGUACGCCAAGACCAGGAACCACGAGCUCUACAGAAUCGCCUGCUGCGACGGCAGCAGCUGCCAUGCUGAUGGAUCCGCAGUAUGGCUUUACAAACGGUGCGGGUUUGGGGCUGGGAUUCACGCCGAGAGGGACAGGCUUCACGCCUGUGGCUAUGCAGAUGACGGGGAGUAGUGGGGGUAUCAACAGCAUUCUAGCUGCCCAAGAUCAAGAAGAGGAGAGGAAGAGAAGAAUGGAGGCUGUGGUUGCUAUGGUAGCGGGGAGGUGGGGCUUCGUGAGUCAAGAGGGUGUGGAGAGGUGUGCUAAGAGACUGGGAUUGGAUGCACUUUGGGAGGAUGGAAUGGGGGAAGGGAAGAGAAUGUUGACCAUUGCCGGGACUGCAAUGCUUCUCGAGGUGGAAUUUGAAGCGGAGGAAGUAAAGGGUUGCGUGUUGACUUUUCCGGGUAGUGGAGAGGAUGUUGGGCGAAGGGCAGCCAGAGGGGCACAGGUGCUGAGAAGGGAUUUGAAAGGAGAAGGGUAUGUAAGGUUGGAAGGGUUUGUGGAGAAUAUGGAAAUCCUAGGGAGGAUGGAUCGACUGGGUGGGGAGAAGAUCAGCUGUUUUGAUGCUACGGAUGGAGUGUUUAAAUGCCUGGAGAAACUGUGGAGGCUGGAGACUGAGAGGGAGAAGCGACAAGGGAAAGAAGUGGUGGAAGAGGAGGUCAUGUGCCGGAGCAGUGGGAGACCGAGGAUGCAUGCGAGGGGACGAGUAGGCGUGGCAUUGCAAUACUGGAUGGAGAGGAGGCUGCUGCUCGGAGUGGAGGAGAAGGCAGACGAAAUGGACAUUGACAACAAGGAAGCUGGCGAGCCGGACGACCAAACGGACAUCUGGUCAGCAAUCAUUGAAUGCGAAGCCUCUUCCGCCGAGCUUUAUCCUGCGAUCAGAGUUUCGGAUGCCUGGGUGUCUGAAGCCGUGGAGAAGCCAGCACCAGCAGAAUCUAACGACCUACCUGGCAACGACUCAUCAAUCGAUUGGCAAGACCCUCCCCCAACGCUCCUGCCCCCAGACGAGCAAGGAGAGAGCGGCGUCGCAGUCACAGAAGCAAAUCAUCUCCAGCAACCCAAACCACCAGAUGUCCGCUUCGUCGCUAAGUUUGAACCGCCAGUGGUUCUGCCCUUGCCAACAGCCAUACAAGUCCAGAACUCUGUUGGCGCGCCAAUAUCCCCGGAAUUGAUCCUACCCACCACCUACGAAAGCCUACUACUUGCGGGAAGUGAAGUCCAGAACCCCCCCAGCGACCCUCGCACCAUGGAAAAGACAGUCAUGCGCUAUGAUUCGGCCACUGACACAUCGACCUCACAUAUACACAAAUACAGCUUGUUCCCUCAACAGCAAGAUUGGGCAAGCGCGAUCACGCACCUCCCAUUUAGCCACCCAAGACAGAUCGUUGCCGUUCUGCCUAUACUACGCCAAUGGGCUCUGACAGGUGGUAUUCUUCGCCGGGCGUUCGACUGUGACAAAGAACCUACUCCACCGAAAGCGAACGGCCAGUCGACCUCCCAAGAUCAGCCCUCCGAGCCAACAACCUUUCAAACGCUCGACGCUGAGCUUGCUGCCUUCAUGUCCUCACCUCUGCCAAACGCCCCUAAGCCACCCUCAGACAAGGUGAGGGAAGUGCAGAUCACGUUCAAGGCUACCCCUGUGCCCCAGUUCCAAGUCAAUUUCCCAAAUCCACGCUACGGUGGUAAAUUGGCUGGCUUGAAUUUCAUGAUCGGUUUGAAUGGAAUCAUUGGUGGUGUGGACGUGCAUGAUGGAAGCCCUGAUUGGGGCAGUAACGGUGCCGCAAACGCGGAGGCGGAUGAAAAGGGACAGGAGAGGGUGAGGAUGAGGGAGGAAGUGAGGAAGGUAUUGGAGGUUGGGGAGAGUGUUGGGGUCGCUGUUGAGUGGAUGACCAGAUAG